AUGGAGAUAGUAUAUGUAUAUACAAAGAAGAGAAGUGAGUUUGGUCGCCAGUGCAACUUUAGUGACAGACCAGCUGAACUUCAUGUUGAUAUCAUACCAGAUUCAUCACAGGCAGAAAAUUUCAUUGAGAGGAAUCCUGUUGACAAUGGACUUCAACAUGUACAAGAGAUGUCCGAGCAUGAGGUCAACACAGAAAGAUUUGAAACAAGCACACGUGGAGUGAACCAUACAGAAGGUGGCUGGCCCAAAGAUGUCAACUCACAAGAAGUGGAACAAGUCACCAGAUACAGGAAGAAAGUUGAGAAAGAUGAAAUGUACAUUAACACAAUUCAGCAACUUGCAACAGUUAUGGAACACUGCAUUAAGCAAAACAAUGCCAUUGAUAUCUAUGAGGAAUAUUUUGAUGAUAUUGAAAUAGACACUGUGGACGAAGUUCCAUCAGCCAAAACUAUAAAUGUAUUCAGGGAUCCCAAUGAGAUCAAAAGAACAGCAACAAACCUUUCCUGGUUCCCAGAUGGUCCAAGGAAACUAGCAGUAGCCUACUGUAAUAUGGAGUUUCAGGGCUCCAGUCCAGACACCAGUAUGGAGUCCUACAUCUGGGAUGUUGAGAAUCCAAACAAACCAGAGAUGACACUAAAACCAGUGUCCCCAUUAGUGUGUUUAGAAUACAAUCCUAAAGACUCCCAUGUCUUGCUUGGCGGCUGUUACAAUGGUCAAAUCGCUUACUGGGAUACAAGAAAAGGCUCACAGCCAGUGGAAAUGUCACCCAUAGAGCACAGUCACAGAGAUCCAGCUUACAAAGCCAUCUGGAUCCAAUCCAAGACAGGCACAGAGUGCUUCUCCACAUCCUCCGAUGGUCAGGUGCUUUGGUGGGAUACUCGUAAAAUGGGUGAACCCACUGAGAAACUUUACCUGGAUCCAACAAAGAAGCAAGACCCAACAAAAGCUCAAGGUGCCAUGGCACUGGAAUAUGAACCCACAAUGCCAACAAAAUUUAUGGUUGGAUGUGAAACAGGAACAAUAAUGUCAUGUAACAGAAAAGCCAAGACACCAGCAGAAAAAAUUGUAGCAUUAUAUCAUGGUCACUUAGGACCAGUGUACUCUUUACAAAGGAAUCCAUUUUUCCCCAAAAACUUCCUUAGCGUGGGUGACUGGAAAGCAAGGAUCUGGUCUGAAGACAUCAGGGAAUCAUCAAUCAUGUGGACACGACAAUACUCCUCCUACCUGUCGGACGGCUCAUGGAGUCCUGUUAGGCCCUCCGUGUUCUUUGUUACCAAAAUGGAUGGUACAUUGGAUGUUUGGGAUAUCAUCUUCAAACAGAGCGACCCGACACUCAGUCUACAGGUUUGUGAUGAGCCUCUUCACAGUUUACGAGUACAGGAGUCAGGACGUCUGAUUGCAUGUGGGUCACACACUGGUACCACAACACUACUAGAACUCUCUGAGGGCCUAUGUACGCUACAGAGAAAUGAGAAGAACUUGGUCACAGCAAUGUUUGAGAGAGAGACAAGGAGGGAAAAGAUUCUUGACUCACGCCACAGAGAGAUGAAACUUAAGGAACGAUCUAAGAGCUCAGCUGACAAAGACAAGGAGGAUGAAGACAAAGACAAUGAUAUGGAGGAGGAAGAUCUGUAUGCCAAGGCAGAAAAGGAAUUCUAUGAUGUCAUUGAGAAAGAAAAGAAAAAUCUGGAAAAGAAACAAGCAGAUCAGACGGACACAGACAAGGCAGACACAGGGAAACAGUCUCCGAUAGCAGAGGAAGGGGAAGAGGAAAAACCAACGGAAAAUGAGGAGAAAUCAGACACCAAAAAAUAAACUAACGUUUAAAUGUAGAACAAAAAUAAAUAAUAUGAGAGAUUCUUGCAAAUAGUUGUAAUGAUUGAGGUCACAUUCAGUGGAAGAAGACAGUAUGACUUCAAAUUAAAGAGACUGAAGUUUUUAAAUCAUGACGGAGAAAAAAUGUCUCCCUCCGGGCAGAUUUCAGAGGUAAAGAAGUGCUCAUGUAUUUAUUGCAGACAAAUUUCAAAUUAUCUAAAUUGAUAACAAUAUUUUAAAACAAAAUAUUAGAAUCUUACCUGGAUUGUGAGAUACAUAGUUUAUUUACUAUCAGUGCUAAUGUUUUGUAAAAAUACAUAGAGCAUACAUUUAGAACUGUCUGUGAAGCAGUGUGAUUUAAAAGACUUGUGAUAUUGAAUGAUCAAUUUACAUUUGACAUCAUUUCAUCCGGACCAUA